AUUUAAAAUUCUCAUUUUAUUUAUAUAUGAAUAGUCCACUUUUGGGGAGGAAAAUAUGAGGGUGUAGUCAGUCUUUCUUGGCUGCCUAAAGAAGAAGAUGGUUCCUCCCAUCUUCCUUCCUCACUCACACAUUCACACGUUAUUCAAAUCCAAAACCCUAUAAUUACAACUUUAUGUUAUAAUAAGAAAAGCAUCACUUGCAAAGCAAAAUAUCCAUUUAAAAGCUAUUGAAAACAAGAAGCCAACAAUGUCAAGACAGAACAAUAAUGGAGCUGAAUCAGUAGCAAUAACAAUAGACACAACAGACGAUACAGGUCAUGAGAAGAACAAGAUGAUGAACAACAAUAAUUGGAUGAGAGAAGACACAGAUUUCCUAAUGGUAGUAACGACAUUCAUUGCAACCGUAGCAUUUCAAAUCGGGACGAACCCGCCGGGUGGCGUAUGGCAAGAAGACGAUAAACAGGGAAAGUACUUUGCUGGGAAAUCCAUAAUGGCUACAAAAUCUCCUUCUGAUUUCAUUGGAUUUUUGGUAACAAUUACAGCUUGCUUUGUGUUUUCAGCAAUGCAAUUCGCUGUUCUGUUCCUUAAGAAAUGGCCAGUUGGUGCCAAAAAUUGGUCAUUUUCAAGGUUCAUUCUUUAUUCAACUAUGGGAUUGGCCGUUUCUUCCAUGGGAUUUGCUUAUGGAUGCUCUGUUAGAGCUUACACACCUGACUCAGAGGAAAAUACUCUUUUUGUUAUUUCUUUUAUUACUAUGUUGGGAUUUCCUAUUAGUUUGGCUGCCAUUUCAAUUUAUUUACAAUACUUUAGUAAAUCUUCAUCUUCUUAAAUGUUUAUAUCACAUCCUUUGUUUUCA